AUGCCUCGUUCCUCGAAGCAAACUAAUAUCGGUGAUUUUUAUACGGGCUCGAAAGCUUCUGAUAAAGGCAAAAAAAGACGUGACAAAGAACCAAAAACCCCGAUCAAGCUCAAAAAAAGCAAACAGGCGCCCAUCAUUGAGAUCGAGGAUUCGGAUGAGGAAGACGACUUGAGGAAUGUUAGGCUUCAACCAAGUUCACCGCCACUAACAUCACCGACACUCAUACCUGACGAGCAAACCAGUGAGGAGGAAGAGGAGCCACCUAUUGAGCAGACACCUUUGGCAAAGAGUCAACGGCGCAAGGCUGCUGGUCGAGUGUCAGACCUUGAUACAUCUGACAGUGACGAAAAUGUGCCACUAAACUUGGCGAAUUCUAAAAGGAAACGUCUGUUGUCAGAGGACUCAGAGGGCGGACAACCAAAGAAGAAGCGCGUUCUUAAGAGGGGUCUGAGACCGAACAGAGAGGAGAAAGAAGUUUUGGAUGAUUUGGAUAAAAAUGGUACGGCUAUAUUUGACCAUCACUGUCCUCGUCGAUUGUAUGGACACUUUCUUGGUCAGAAUCCUCCUCAUUUGACGCGGAUUGUGAUGACGGGAGAGGUGACAUGCGGAGCCGCUCGCCUUAAUGAAACAUUAGAUUUACUCCCCGAAGGCAGACCUAUCUUACUUACGUCUUCUCUUCUCUAG